AUGUCUUCUUCCGUUGUUUCUUCAGUCCCGGCGAUCGAUAAGACCAUAUCCCCGAACUACCAGCCCUUCAAGGAACGAUACAACUUAGAAAGUCUCGUUCAAGAUAUCAAGAAGUAUCUGGGAGAGUCAGGCGGAAUCUCUUCCGAUGAAGUUGAUUCUGCACACUUGAUUUCUCUAGCAAAGAAGUACAUGUCCGAUCCAAGUGAUUGGAUAGAAUAUUUCUACAACGACACCAGCAGAAACUAUACGCGCAAUGCUAUUGAGAACAUCAAUCAAAAGGCGAACAUCCUUCUCCUCGUCUGGAAUCCGGGCAAGGGAUCACCAAUUCACGACCACGCCAAUGCCCACUGCAUCAUGAAGGUACUCUCAGGUCAACUCAACGAAACAGUCUAUGAGAACCCAGAGCAUGAACAGAAUGAGGAAAAGAAACCGUUGACAAUCAAGUCAUCCACCACAUUCGGAGUGAACGCGGUGACCUACAUCUCCGAUGAUAUAGGUCUCCAUCGUGUCAGCAACCCCAGCAGCAGUGAAGUCGCUGUCUCCUUACAUCUCUACACACCUCCUAAUGCGGCAGACUACGGUUAUAAUAUCUUUGAUGAAGCUACAAGCUCUAAAAGCCAUGUACCACAGGCCCGAACUGCUAUACCGCCACUCCAGUCUUGA